CCGGCGUCAUAAAAAUAACUCAUGCACAUAUCUCACACAUAAUUUGUUUGUUUGUAAAUCUGGGAUUCAGCAGCUCAAAAUAAACUAAAUGGAGACCCCUGGCAACUCGAACAAGAAACAAAAAUUGAGUGUUGCGCCUCAGAACUGGGAACCCAGAAUAACCCUUGCUGGUGACAUGGAGGUGUUCAGCUGUGAUAAAUGGAAUGCAACGAGCCACCAAUGUGACCUAUCAAGCCCAUCAUGUGAGCAGAAACAAACGUGGACAGGUUGUCGGGACCAGAGGAGGAUUCAGAGGCUGCACAGUGUGGCUUACAGGUUUGUCUGGUGCAGGUAAGACGACGGUCAGCAUGGCUCUGGAGGAGUACCUGGUGUGUCAUGGCAUCCCCUGCUAUACUCUGGAUGGAGAUAACAUCAGGCAAGGCUUAAAUAAGAACCUAGGCUUCAGCCCUGAAGAUCGCGAGGAGAAUAUUCGGCGUAUUGCAGAGGUGGCAAAACUGUUUGCCGACGCUGGGCUUGUGUGUAUCGCAAGCUUCAUUUCUCCAUACAGCAGGGACCGUCUGAAUGCAAGGAAUAUCCACGAAGCUGCUGGUCUUCCAUUCUUUGAAGUGUUUGUAGAUGCUCCUCUGGAUGUGUGUGAGCAGAGGGAUGUGAAGGGGCUCUAUAAGAAAGCUAGAGCUGGAGAAAUCAGAGGGUUCACAGGAAUAGACUCAGAGUAUGAGAAGCCCGAGGCUCCAGAACUGGUGCUAAAGACUGAUUCUUGUAGCGUGAACGAGUGCAUCCAGCAACUCCUGGACCUUCUUCAGGAGAGGGACAUAGUGCCUGUGGACGCAUCCUACGAGGUUAAAGAGUUGUAUGUGCCUGAGAACAAGCUGGACUUGGCUAAAGCAGAUGCAGAGACUCUUCCAGCUGUGGAGAUCAGCAAGGUGGACAUGCAGUGGGUUCAGGUGCUUGCUGAGGGUUGGGCCACUCCUCUGAGCGGCUUCAUGAGGGAGAGAGAGUACCUGCAGUGUCUUCACUUCAACUGUCUGCUCGAUGGUGGGGUUAUUAACCUGUCGGUGCCGGUGGUCCUGCCUGUCUCGAGUGCAGACAAGGAGCGUCUGGAUGGCUGUACCGCAUUUGCGCUGGCCUACGCCGGCCGGCGAGUCGCUAUCAUGCGAAACCCGGAGUUCUACGAGCAUCGUAAGGAAGAGCGUUGCGCCCGGCAGUGGGGUACGACCUGCAAGGAUCACCCGUACAUCAAAAUGGUGAUGGGGAGUGGAGACUGGCUGGUUGGAGGAGAUCUCCAGGUGCUGGAUCGGAUCUACUGGAAUGACGGGCUGGAUAGUUACAGGCUUACCCCUACCGAACUCAAGCAAAAGUUUAAAGAGAUGAAUGCAGAUGCAGUCUUUGCCUUCCAGCUACGGAACCCGGUGCAUAACGGGCAUGCGCUGCUCAUGCAGGACACGCAGCGGCGUCUGAUUGAGCGUGGUUACUGCCAACCCAUGCUGCUGCUUCACCCGCUUGGCGGCUGGACCAAAGAUGAUGACGUGCCGCUCGCCUGGCGCAUGAGACAGCAUGCUGCUGUGCUGGAGGAGGGACUGCUUGACCCCAACUCCACCAUAGUUGCUAUCUUCCCCUCUCCAAUGAUGUACGCUGGCCCAACAGAGGUGCAGUGGCAUUGCAGGGCCCGAAUGGUGGCUGGUGCCAAUUUUUACAUAGUGGGCCGUGACCCGGCAGGAAUGCCCCACCCAGACACGGGUAAAGACCUGUACGAGCCCUCCCAUGGAGCGAAAGUUCUCACCAUGGCCCCUGGCCUCAUUUCACUGGAAAUCGUGCCUUUCAAAGUGGCAGCCUACAACAAAGUCAAGAAGGCCAUGGACUUUUAUGACCCCAAAAACCACCAGGACUAUGACUUCAUCUCAGGGACCCGCAUGAGGAGGAUGGCUCGCGAGGGCCAGAACCCACCGGAAGGCUUCAUGGCGCCCAAAGCCUGGACUGUUCUUAAGGAGUACUACCAGUCUUUAGAGAAGGCCUAAGCUGUUUUCCAGGUAUGGGGAGAGGUGGAUCCUGUUACAGUAAAAAAAAAAAAAAAACGGAAGGUUGAUGAUGAUUUAAAUUAAUUACAAACACAAAACACACACACAAUGAUCGAAAACUGGGACCACCCAAAGGACUUCUUGAACUAUUUUGUAAGCCACCGGUACUUGUUGUUCCUCACUGUAAGUUUCUCUGAGUCUUAUGAGCAUUUUAUAUGUUCUGUUUUAAGAAAAAUUAUGUGAAGUUGCUUGUGAAAGAUACAUUUGAAGUAUACAAUACUGUAAACAUAAAUGAAACCGUUUUAGACUCUAUUCUUGUACAUUUAAUAUUUUCCCCAUAAAUGCUAUUACAGUAGGAUAAGCAACAUGCUGUUAAGGGGUUAGGUUAGGGUUAGGAUUUUAAAGGGGCAUUAAAGGGACAGUUCACCCAAAAAUGAAAAUUCCAACAUCAUUUUCUCACCCUUAUAUGUUGUUCCAAACCCACCCCCAAACCCAAAGCCCAUUGUUUUAAUCAGUGAUCUUAAAAUAUGUGCUGUGAGAGCAGCUUAUUCUUGGUGUAAGUUUUAAUAACAAGUUCCUUUAAAAUCUGGACCAUCAGGAACUUGCUGGCUAGGACAUCAAACACGGAUUGUCCCUUUUGAAGUCAUCGGCAUCACUUAAAUAGCAUUUUCAUAGUCUGUAACAUUUCUAACCAUUGUGUUGUUUGUAGUGCUUUGUUGAAAAGAGCUGUUUAUCUUUGACUUUAAUAUUGGUGCAUUUUUUGUUUUUUAAUUUUAUGACUUAUUUUGUGGUUAUUGUAUUAUGAUAGAAAGACUGUGUAGACAUGUUCUUCAGUUUACAAUUUAUUUAUUUUUUCACAUUUAAUUUUAACAGUAUUGUCUUCUAACUUCAUUGACUAAAAUAAACAGAUCAAAUUGAUCGUCUUAAAGGGAUAGUUCACCAAAAAAUGAAUAUUUGUCAACAACAAGGUCAACUAUAUGCAUUCGAAAAUCUGCCACCCCUCCCACUGUACACACCGAAACCCAGCUGGCAUCCAGAUGCAUUCACUCCUCUGUAAAAGUGAAACACCAACGGUUAAUCUUCACUCUUUCAGGAAUACCCUGCUCUCUCUGAUUCCAGCUCGGAGAUGAAACGUCUAAAUGUGCAAGGAGUCAUGUAUUUCGCCGCUCUUCCAUCUGCCAGAUCUUGUUCAGUCUCUAGUCGUCCUCGAGUGGGGUCGUCAAAAUGAAUAAAUGGUACAUGGUCAAUAAGAAGACGAUGCUAGUUAGAAAAAUGAACACUGGCUUGGGUUUAAAGUUUUUUUUGUUUUUUUUUUAACACCCCCACUUUGGUCACAGAUCUAAUAUCUUAUGUAUCUUUAAUCUAAAAUGUGUCAUGAGGAAUCAAAAUUUAAUUGAUCUUUUGUGAUAAGAGUUUAAUGCACUGAACUAUGAAAACAUACUUCACCUUUCUGAACUCAAAACUUCCUCCCAGUUCAAAGAGAGCUUUUAUUAAAACCUAAUAAGCAUCUGUGACAUCACACAGAUGAAAUGUAUUUUUAAGGUCCCUGACCAUGUCAGUGUUAUCUUAGUCGAACAUUUCACCAGAGAUGAUUAUUAUUAUUUUUUUUACACAUUAUUUCUUUUUUUCUUUUUUUUUUCUUUUUUAAGUAUCUGUGUAGUUAAAAACAAUAUACUGACAUGACAGCAAACCCACAGUUUGUGUGUGAAUACAGAAAACAUGCAGUCAGCACUGUUGCUCAUUUCAUAUGCAAAUGAGGCAUUUCUUAAAGGUGCAGGAGCAAAAAAUUUAAUGCUUUUUCAAGGGGGUGGAAAAAUGGUAUUUAAAAACUAAAAUAUGACUUUAUGUGGCAUAAAAAAAAAUUUGAUAAAUAAAAUGGAUAAUAUGACACUUUUAAAAGAUUGUGUACCAGAACUAUUUAAAUGAAAGAUUAUCCAUGCGAUCUCUGAUCUUAGAGAGUUUAAUCAAUCUCCAUUUGUGUGAGAUAAAUAGUUUUUAAAUGUUUCUGCUUUGUACUUUUUUUUUUUUUUUUUUUUUGCUCUAAGCUGGAUCUUUUAACACAAGCUUUGAUUAAUAUUGACAGACAUGGAAGCAGCUUUCUGUAGCACCUGGUUCUUGUCUUUGGCACUCUGAAGUUAGAGUCUCAGUCUGUAUGACCUUCCCACCAGUGCUGAAAAUGCAAACCACCAUUCAUGUAAAUGCAACAAGUCAUGCAGAAAUUAUUCAGAUUUCCUUAUAAGAUAAAGAUGAAUAAUCAAAGUUGUUUUGAAAAAUGAUAGGCAAGAAUUAUUGUGGUACAAAUAUUUGUUGUUGUUGAGAGAUGACUCUGUCAGCACGUCAUAUGCAAUCCUGAUGAAUAAAUACGUGCAUUAGUGUUUAUGUCA